GAAAAAUUCGAAUGAAAUGGUGAAUGCAGCUGUUAGACAAGCCAUGUUUUUGGAUUUGAUGCCAAUGGCAAAUAAGAGACUUAAUCUAGAAUUAUGAAUUAUUGUACGCAUUUGCAGUUGCUCCAAACCAACGUAAAUGGAGGCGACAUUUUUUGAAAAAUAAAUGCCCAUAUAUAUAUGCCAGUUAAAAUAAAGAUUUCCUUAUUGCGCAGCGAAUCGGGAAACGUCACAAGCGCAGUUUCUGCUCGCAUUUUUUGACGCUUCGUGCACACUCGGCAAUCUCCGGGAUGGAAACUCGGGGCCUAAGUGCAGUGUACUUCACGUUCGAUGCGCAGAUCUGUCGAUGACGUUGAGGCUAGUUCGCGCGGUUUCUUUAACUCGUGUUUGAUAAUACGAAGGCAGCGAUGCGGGGAGCGGCGAUAAUGAUAUACGCUCAUUCGCAAUGUUCCGCAAACCUGUUCUGUUCUCCAAGUGUCACUGUACGCUUCGUGGCGUCUCGUUUGUACUGAACGAACGUCACUAAUAAAGCGUACUCUUUGUAAUCACAGUUCCUCUGUGCGUUCUCGAUCUCAUUCUCUUCGAUGCAAAAUAAAUCUGCUUUGCUCAAGGGGCAUGGUCUUUUUAAGGUGACACACACACUUUUUAAGUGAUUUCACACGGAUAAGUGCGUUUCCGUCUCAGAUUGCACGACAGCAUGACUCGCCGUGAUGGCUUUCACCUGAAUUAAAAAAAAAAAAAAAAAAAAAAGAACCGCAAAAUUAUAAACGCGAGACCACGAAGAAUAAAAGCCGUUCCUUCUUUAAAUGUACACCUUUUAUAUUUGUAGAAGGAACACGCUGUACAACUUUCAGUGGGAGAUACUUGUCCGCGGUCCGCCAUCUUUCGUCUCGAUAAGGUCAGGGCCCUUGGCCCUCUAGGCAGGGGCCUGUUUGUGUACCGUUCAAUGUCCGCGACAUUAACACAAUUUCCGCGACAAUUUGUGUACGCAUUCGACGUGCGAAUCUUUUAUUUUAUCGGGACACGUUGAAUUUAUGCGCCAGUCAAAAUAGUGACCUCGUGCACGAUGGGCAUCGAUCCAGAAUAAAACGCGCUUGCGCGUAGAUGGUACAGUAAGCGUCAUAAUGUUAAUGCUUUCGUUCAGCGAGUAACCUCUAUACAUCGAUUGCUAAAUCAAGAAUAAACGACAGUUAUAUUGAAACAUUAAACAGAUAUGAAUUUCGUCUGGGCUCCAAAAAAAGAGACGUACCUCCUUGUAAAAGACUUAAAAGAGAUUAAACGUACUAUAUGUACGGAAAAUAGAGAAGGGGGGGGGGGGAGAGAAGAGAAUAUUUCGAACAUAAGCCAUUUUGAUAUGUAAGAUUGAAAGAUAUUUGAUAGUUAAGAUAAAUGAACAGUAACAUUUUAUAAUGGAGAAAGCACGAACUGGAAUAGUGGACAAUUCAGAGUCUAGUUCUACAGUCUCAAGUGUCAAUAGAAUUGAUAUUGAUGAACUGUCAAAGGAAAAGGAAGAAGAAUUAUUAUUUUGUGAGGAAGAAGGAGAUGAUGAAGAUACACUAUCUGAUGAUAGUUUACGCUUGAGAUUAUCUGACGAGGAGGAUGCUGAGCAAGAUACUACAGUAAAUGAUACAAAUAUCACGAAAUUAAAAUCGCAGAGUAGAACAAUUGAACAACCAAUUUUAGAUACAAUCGUAGAAGAGACAUUAUCUUCUGAUCUGCAGCAGACUGUGGAAAAAGUUUCUAAGCCUGAUAUUGAAAAAUCAACGCAAGAAAUAUACAACACAGCAGUAAAGAUUCCAGGAAAAUCAACAUUAGAUGAAUACAUAUCCGAAAACAAACAAAUACAAGAUAGUAUAUAUAAUUUGGAAAAUACCAGAGCGACUGUUAAUGAAUCUAGUGAAAAGUGUACGUUCACAUCUAGCAAAGACUUAAAAAUUAUAGAUAUAAAGAAUGAGUGUUCAAGUAUAACAGCUGAACAACAUAUAACAUCAAAAAAUGAUAAUUUAUCUAUAAUAAAUAAUUGUACACAAACAGGUAAUCUUCGAAAUGCAGGACUAACAAUUCACAAUGAAAAAAAUCUAAAAGAGACAGCCAGCGAUAAUAAAGAAACAAUUACGACAAAUACCUGUGAGUUAAAUAAAUUAGACAAUGUAGACAGUAAUAAAUCUUCUGUAGAUUCUAAUAUUAAGAUUUAUAAUGGUGAAAAAUCGUCUACAACUAUUUCUAACAGUAAUGAUGAUAAUUUAAAAGAUAAAAUAAUAGAAAAACAUAUUAAAAAUGAUAAUCAAUCUUCGAAAUGCUCAUAUGCCGAAUCUAAUGUUACUUCAGAUUAUAUGGAUUUAAAAUCCGGUAAUUCUAAUGAUAAUAAUAAUUCAUCAUCUCAUAAAGACAUUAUUGCACAUAAAAAUAAAAACAAUAAUUUAGAGUCUGUGGACAUAACAGAAAGCAAAAAUACAUCAAAAAUCACAGAAAAAGUAACGAAUAUUUCAUUGACACAAAAUCAAAAUAAUUUAUCCAAUAUUAAAGACAAUGCAGAAGUAAGGAACAAAGACAGUGAUACUAAUGAUAAAUCUGUAAUCGAAACUGUAAAUAAUCCAUUAGGACAAACCCUUUUAUUAACACUUAACGAUGUAAAUGAUUCUGAUAACGAUAAUGGAACUAAAAAUGUUGACACUGUUAUUCCAAGAAGAAAACGAAUUAAAAAAAUAGUCGAUACAGUACAAGAUCAUGCCGAGGAAAUACAAGAGGAAAAGGAGAGUAGACGAGAAAAACGGAAGACUGCUAGAAAUGCAGAAGAGAUAAUCAAGAAAAAGUAUCUUAAUAGCGACAGCGAUUCUAACGAUAAUACAGAACAAUUAGUAACAAUAAAUAAUAAAUUGAAUCAGGAUAUAAUUCCUGUGCCACCUUUAGUAGCGAUAAAACGUAAUUGUUCAGAAAGCGAGGUAUUUAAUGGAAUUAAAAAAGCGAAAAUGAAUAUUAAUUCUGAGGAAAAGAAAGAUGUCACACAAUUAUCUUUCAUUGAGAAAUUUUUUCGGAGAGAUAUUAGAGAGAAAUUACCAAAACUUACACAGGAGGAAUUGGAAGAGCUUCUGAUUCAAAAGAUCGUCGAAACGAUUGCGAUGCGCAGUGAAAUUGGACAACUUAGAGAACAAGCACGCAUAUCAGAAAAAUAUCAGGAAAUAACGCGUACAAGAAUGGAGCAAUUAAUGAAGCAAGUAAAAGAUUUCGAGACAGUUCUGCAUCGUAAUGAGUCAGACCGUCGUGCAAAUCCCAAUAAAUCUAUCGCCCCUAUAAAGAUAAACAGAUCCGUAGGCUUGCAAGUCAACUUCAUAACGGAACACGGAAUACAGAACUUACGGCAGACUGCAAAUCUCAAAUCUGCAGUAAACAUCGUAAACAACAAUAGUUCUCCAUCUUCUGCUGAAACAAAUAACAAUUCAUCAAGUCCAAGACGUGGUGGAAUCAAAGUAAGAUCGCCGCGGCCUGUAGUGACUAUGCCUACUCCUGUAAUGACACAAAGUACAGCUCAAACAGCGCCUCUUAUUUCAACUGUGACACCCGCGGCUUUAGUUGUUGCUAAACCCUUGGAAUCUCAACACACUUUAACGUUGUCCAAUCAGCCUACGAAUAUGAAGCCAAUCUUAACUACUUCGCAACAGCAAAUUCAGUCGCAGUCACAGGCUAUUGUCUUAAAUGGUAAAAUAAGUCAAUUAAAUCGUCCGAUAGCUCCAAAACCAAGAAAUAACGAUCUUAUUGAUCUUACGGAUGAGGAAGAAAAAAAUAAAUCAAAUGCAAAAGUUACUGUAACUACAACUCCUAUAAUUGAGCAGCCAUUGAAUGUAACAUCGAAAUCUGCGCAAUCAUUCCCAAGAGUAUUACAAACAAUACCGGCAAAUGUAGCAAUUACAACACAACCGACUAGUAUAAAGGUGAUAACAACUAAUCAACAGCCAGCACCAACUGCCCUUGUUAAUAAUGUGAAUCCGCCCAGACUAGCGUACGUAAUGCAAAGUAGCACGGGCUCACCAAGGCAGGUGCUGAUAGCAUCGAACCCUAAUCAGCAAGUACAGAUACGGCCAGUGAUGAACACACCUAAUAGACCACCCUUUUCAACUGUCACUUACAAGGGAAUAUCAACAAUCACGAACGGUACCGUACGCGUACUAACCACGCCAGUUUUAUCAAAUGUACAAAUAAGCAAGCAUCCAGCACCUCUGCCAGACAUUCCAAAUUAUGCACCGACGCCUGGCUGGAAACUUCCACCGCCUGCACCAUCGUUGAAGAUUUCAAAAGUGUCAAAUGGAAUAGUGCUAUCCUGGAAUAUGAGCUUAUCGGAUAAAUAUGCGGAUAUCGCUAGUUAUCAAUUAUACGCGUAUCAAGAAGUUGCUGGUGUGAAUCCCAACACAUCAUUAUGGAAGAAAGUUGGGGAUGUUCGUGCACUGCCACUUCCCAUGGCGUGUACGUUGACUCAGUUUUCCGAGGGCAAUAAUUAUUACUUUGCGGUCAGAGCAGUUGAUACACAUUCUAGAAAAGGACAGUACAGUAUGCCUGGCAAUAUUUCUUUGUAGAGGAGUGACAUCAAGUUUCAGAAGAUCUCAGUUCUUUCUGUUUCUCCUUUAUUUUUGUACUUGUGUUCAACGCGUAAUUGUGAUAAAAAUAGUUUGUAGAUAAUAUCUCAUAAUAUCACAGUACGAAUCUAAUUCGACAAUUGAUUUAGCUAAUGUUUAUAUUUCGGAUUAUUGAAUCCAAAUGUAGCAACUAUUCCCGUUGAUAAACUUAUAAAUGCUUCCAAUCGCACACACAUAAUUUGUAUAUAAUUCUCAAUUUUGAAAUAGCAUAUCUUGUUUCUCUUUUUUAUUCAUUUCUUUUAACAGGUGAAUUUUCAUACAUUCUUUUGGGGCAAAAUAUUGAUUUUACAACAAUUGUAAUUUAUUAACAUUUUUAUGAUAAAUUCAUGAAAUUAUUUGAAUGUUUUUUCUUUUUGAUUUUUAUCACUCAUGACAACAACCUGUCACAAUGCAUAAUAUAAAGAAUUCUAGUCAAAAAUUUUCAUAUAAUUAAAACAUGUUAAUAUUAUUCGAAGACUGGAGGAAAUGCAUUAUUAUUUGAACUCAAUUGAAGGUGUUUUUCAAUUAGGCAACAAUGCUUGAUUAUUUGUGUUGAGUGUUACUGAAGACUAAAAAAAGAUAGAGAUAAAUAACGACCGAUAAACAUAACAAUUCUAGCAUAAAGUGGGGAAUGUUUUGUACAUUAAUUAUUAUUUGAUCUAAUCUUCAUCAUUGGAUGAUCUAUUAUUUAAGAUGAGACGAAAAAUUGUUGCAGCAAAA